AUGCUGAAGAGUCAUUCAGCGCACGCGAUUCACGUUUUGCAAACGUGGGGCAAACAUUGUGAUAAAUUGUUGUUUUUCAGUUCAGUAACUGACGAAAAUAUUGGUGCGAUUGGAUUUAAUGUGACGGAAGGGCAUGACUACGUUUGGGGAAAGAUUAAAUUGAUAAUGCAGUAUAUUCACAAGAAUUUCAUCAACGAUUACGAUUGGUUCUUCAAAGGCGAUGACGACACAUUUUUGAUUCCUGAAAACUUACGUUACAUGCUAUCAGCCUAUUCAACUGACGAUCCAAUUUACUUUGGAUAUAGGAAAAACUCAUCCGUACAUAAAAGAGGCUACUUCAGUGGAGGCGCUGGUUAUGUGAUGAGCCGACAAACCGUUCGAACGUUUGUCGAAAAGGUGUUAACCAACAAAGUGUUUUAUCGAAAGUCAGAAAAAGAAUUCGGUUGUAAUCUUAAAGCGGAUGCACGCAAUGAGGAUUGGGACAUAAGCCUUUGUCUCGAUCAUUACAAUGUAUAUCUCGGUGAUUCAAGGGAUUUUUUAAACCGAGGCCGAUUUUUUCCAUAUAAGCCAGAGGCGCAUUUAUUAGCCGGUAAACCGGAUUCCAAGAAUGGACACUGGACAACGAAAUACUAUUGGAGCGAUGAAGGACUGGAUUGCUGCUCAAAUUAUACAAUUAGUUUUCAUUAUAUCCAAGCUAAAUAUCAAUACACGAUGUAUUUCCUCGCGUAUAGACUACAACCGUUCGGAGUUGAACGGCAUUUCCCAUUGCCGCCGAUGAAAGCAAACUUUUCUCAAGUCGUCAAAUUACUGGAACAAGAACGACUGGAUCCGUCUCUACGAGGAUACUAA